AUGCGCUUGGCCUCUGCUCUUCGUCUCUCCUCUCCUCCAAAUCUUUUCUCAACAGCACCUUUCCGUCGACAGUUGCAUGCUACCGGCGUCAAAUCAAUUGAUCCUGUUAUCUUUCGAAAUAGCCUUGAAAAGACUCUUGAGGCUCAUCGGUCCUCCAAUCGAGCCAGUUUGGUCCGCAAGGUGAUUAACGACGAUUAUCCAGCUGAAACACCCCCUCCGAUUUUACCACUCGAGAAUCAUGCUGGUCAUGAUCAGCCACCUCGAAAGGUUUCCUCCGUGUCAAGUGCAGAGGCACGGUCCCUCCAGUCUCUUGCGCCUGCGAGACGAGCGCAGAGGAAGGCCCGUUCGUCGAGCCAAGUAGCCGCCCCGCAGCCCCAGACAGCAAAAUACCCACAACUGCAAUGGCAUGCAGAUGAAACCAAGGGCCGACCGGAACAAAGUCCUUGGCUGAAGUACUUGACUACCGAUUGCAAGACACCCGAUGCCGUUUCGCGUCUCGACGCGGAGAUCCGCGCGCUUGAGCUCUACAUGACACCGACCUCGUCGGAGCAGAGUGAGAUAGAUCGGCUGGUUGCAGAUAUGGGUAGGUUGCUGGCGGGAAUUGUCCCCAGCCCGCCCCAGGUGACCGGUUCAUGGCGGACGCGAUUCGCUCUGAGCCACUCGGGUCUCGAUUUCGUGUUACCCGUCCCGGAUUCAGACCGAUCCGCCCGUGACGUUCGCAAGCCGAGUGCCACACGGCCCAAGGUGCUCCAGACCUACAAAAAGCUCUUACAUGAAGUUGGACAUGCGCUUCAGCAGUCCCCCUCGUUUGCGGGCAAGUCCUUCCACUGCGGCGAAGGGCUACCGGCCUCUGUCGAAUACAUCAUGGAUUACCAGGCCGAGUAUCCCUCGACCCGACCCCUCUACGUGACCGCUCGCCUGAUCCUCGAGGCGCGGGGCAGGUAUGGCCGCCCCCAGUUGUCCAUUGAGUCCGAUGCCCUCGUAAUGCUUCUCGUGGCCUUCCUCAAAAUGAACCACGGGCGUUUCCAGCGGCCCGACUGCCUCGGCGAGCAGCUGAUCGCGUUUCUGCGCGCCUACGGCAGCGAUGUUGACCUGGCCACCACCGGUGUUUCCGUCGAUCCCCCCAGUUGGUUCAAUGCCAGUACGGUCAAACGCGCCAGCGCCCUGUACACGCCCGACGAUCUACCCGCGCAUCUGCGCGGCCAGCGCUCCCUCAUCAGUCUGAAGAGAACGGCGGCCGCCAGACGCAAUCUGCCUGCCGCCAGCCGGCUGUGCGUGCAGGACCCCACCAAUUACAUGAACGAUCUGGGCCGCAGCUGCGUGCGUACGGCGGAACUCCAGGACGCGUUCUCGCUUGCUCAUGACCGUCUCGGCGCAAGUCUCAAGCACUGGGAUGAUAGUGAACAGGCCGCGAACGUUAGUAUCCUGACUCGGGCCCUGCAAGCAAACUUUCAUGAUUUUGAAAACCUACGCGCCAAAUCGCUUAAGCUCAAUGCGACCUAGCAAUGAAUUGUGUAGGCCUUGGGACCUUGGAAAUACUCUCGUCUCGUCUCUUACUUCCAUAUUGAUACAUUAUAUAGAUGAGAUAAUACCGAGUCCGGCAACAUGUUUGUCACCUGGGCGAAUCCCUGGCACUGGCCACUCUGUAGAUGCAGUUGACUCAAUAGAGGAUCGCAAUGAUCAAAUGUCAGAAAAUGCACG